AUUGCUCUCUCUCUCUCUCUCUCUCUCUCUCUGCAAACAAAAAACCCAUAACUACCCAUAAAGAAAACGAAGAAAGAAAAGAAAAGAAAGUGAAAACCCAGUUGAAACUACGCAAAGAAGAUGAGAAGUAGCAAUCACUUGAUAGGAUUACUAAACUUCAUAACUUUCUUAUUAUCAAUAGCAAUUUUAGGAGGAGGAAUAUGGCUAAGCAGCAGAGCCAACAACACAGACUGCUUAAAGUUCUUGCAGUGGCCAUUAAUAAUCAUUGGUGUUUCUAUCAUGGUCGUCUCUUUAGCCGGGUUCGCCGGCGCGUGUUAUAGAAACACUUUCUUGAUGUGGUUAUAUCUCUUUGUUAUGUUCUUCAUCAUCGCCGCGCUUAUAGGGUUUAUUAUCUUUGCUUAUGCAGUCACCGAUAAAGGGUCUGGCCGGCCGGUUAUGAACAGAGCUUAUUUGGAUUACUAUUUGCAGGAUUAUUCCGGUUGGUUAGAAGAGCGCGUGGCGAGUGAUAGUUAUUGGGGUAAGAUUAGCUCGUGUAUUAGAGAUUCUAAGGUUUGUGCUAAGAUGGGAGUUACUGUUAAUGGUGUGCCUGAAACUGCUGAUAUGUUUUAUCAAAGGAAGCUUAGUCCUAUUCAGUCCGGUUGUUGCAAGCCGCCUACAGAUUGUGGAUACACCUAUGUGAAUGAAACUGUAUGGACAUCAGCAGGAGGAGUUGCUCUUUAUAAUUCAGACUGCAACUUGUGGAACAAUGAUCAAGAGCAACUCUGCUAUUCUUGCAACUCUUGCAAAGCUGGAGUGCUAGGCAGCCUGAAGAAGAGUUGGAGAAAAGUGUCAGUUAUAAACAUAAUUAUAUUAAUCAUUCUAGUGAUUGUGUAUGUGAUUGGUUGUGCAGCCUUCAGGAACAAUCGCCGGAUCGAUAACGAUGAAGCUUAUGGUGAAGCAAGAAUGACCAAAGCACAACCCAGUAGGAUCCAACUCUAGAUGAAGCGAAGAAUGAAUGCUUAGUUUGUAUGGUUUUGGUAUAUUUCUGUUUAGGACUGGUAUAUGUUUGACAGAUGCACUUAAAUUUUGGUUUCUUAUCUUUGAAAGAUUGGUUUGGAUGUAUAUUAUGUUGUUUCCAGGUAAUGUGUUUCUUCUACCAGUCUGUCUUAAAAAAAAAAAAAGAAAAAAAAUUUAUAUUGUAAUUAGAAAGUUACCAAUGACAGUCCUUUUCUUCUUCUA